AUGAAGCGCUGUUUCAUCCGUUCAGUGAUGCCUCUGCAGCCCACAGACGGAGCGAUACAGGAAGAUACUCCAGUGUAUGGGACCUUACCAUCCAAGUGACGUCCUAUAUGAUAAAUCCAGACUUGUUACAUUCUCACUGCAAAAGAAGCAAUCAGCUACAUUCAGAGGAUUACUCUUCAGAGGCGAGUCUCGGACGGCCUGUGUGGAUAAAGGUGGAGAAAUGUGCACGCACGGAGGACGAGGAGCCUGGAAUUAAGCACGGGGAGAGAAAAGAUGCCGAAGAUGAGACACUAAAGAAGAGCUAGUUUUGGGGCCUGUGCAGACUUCCCACGGCAGCAGUUGGAUGUGCACGUCGACCCGGCCACGAUGACAAUGAAAGGCCUGUCCAGCAGCCGCAGUCACCACCACACGGUGACCUGCGACCCCUCUUACGACUCCAUGACCCUGGGGCGCUCGGACCGUCGGUCCUACUUCCUCAACCCUGGGGAGGCUCAUCCUGCCGACCACCCGUGCUACACCCAGCGCAACUCCUUCCAGUCCGAGUGCGGCGCCUACCCUGACCUGGCCAGCUGCACCUUCCCUCGCAGACAUUACAGCUCUCACCAUGAGCUGAAGGAGGAGUGUGGCGCUUUGGUGCCUUAUACAGGGCCACCUGGGAGCAUUAAGGGAAGUGGAGGAGGUGGUGGAAACAACAAUAACCGCAUCCCUUCUAACCUGCUGGAGCAGUUUGAGCGCCAGGCACCGGUGCGGCGUGAAGGCUACCACACGCUGCAGUACAAGCGCACUGCAGUAGAACACCAACGCAGUGACAGCCCCGGUCGAAUCCGCCACCUCGUUCACUCCGUCCAGAAGCUUUUCACCAAGUCCCACUCCCUGGAGGGGCCCUCGGGGUCUGGUGGAGGAGGAAUCGGGAGGAUGAACGGCAGCAAAUCCAGCCCUGACGACCCACCCUCCUCCUCUGGCACCCUGAAGCACAGUAAGCGCAGUAAGAGCAAAGACCGCUCCAAGUCGGAGCCUAAGAUGCGCACCGCCAUCUCGGGCUACUGGAGCUCAGACGAUACGCUCGACCGGGAGAUGUGCCUCUACCACCAUCACCACGGGGGCAGCAGUGGAGGCCUGCCCACGGGGGUCAUGACCAUGGGGCGCCACCCGGAAAAAUCCCAGUCGCAGUACUUCAUGGAGUCCUACAACACCAUCAGCGCCCACUCUCUGAAGACGUCGCGCAGCAACAACGACGUGAAGUGCUCGACGUGCUCCGGGGGCAGCGGCAGCGGCAGCGGAACUAUGCCACUGGUGGGCGCCCUGGACGGCCAACUGCAGCUGAAGAAGAGCUCGUGGUCUUCUACUCUGACGGUGAGCAGAGCAAGAGAGGUCUACCAGAAGGCCUCAGUCAACCUAGAUAAAGCUCUAGUGAAAACCGAGCAGGGACGCACCUGCCACUUCCUACAGGUGCCUCAGGAUGACUGGAGCGGUUUCUCUCCGCUGGGGAAGGAUGACGAGAUCCCGUGUCGGCGGAUGCGCAGCGGCAGCUACAUCAAGGCCAUGGCAGAGGAAGACAGCGGCGACUCGGACUGCAGCCCCAAACCCUCGCCCAAGGUCCAGGCACGACGGGCCAGCUACCUGAAGGCCACACAGCCGUCACUCACAGAGAUGACCACACUCAAGAUCGAGCAUUCGCCCAAGCUGCAGAUCCGGAGUCACAGCUACCUGCGGGCGGUGAGUGAGGUUUCCAUCAAUAGGAGUCUGGACAGCUUGGACCCGGCAGGGCUGCUGGCCUCGCCUAAAUUCCGCUCACGAAACGAGAGCUACAUGAGAGCCAUGAGCACCAUCAGCCAGGUGAGCGAGGUGGAGGUGAACGGGCAGAUCGAGGCCGUGUGUGAGUCAGUGUUCAGUGAAAUGGAGUCGCAGGCGGUGGAUGCCCUGGACCUGCCCAUGCCCGGCUGCUUCCGCAUGCGGAGCCACAGCUACGUGCGUGCCAUAGAGAAAGGCUGCUCGCAGGAAGAGGAGGAGGCGCGUGGCAUGGCGGCGGGCAUCAGGAGGACCAACUCACCACCGCGCAACACCACCACCGUCAGAACCAUCCAGAGCAGCACAGUGUCAUCAUGCAUCACCACCUAUAAGAAGACGCCUCCUCCAGUCCCGCCACGCACCACCCCGUCCAAACCCUUCAUAUCCAUCACGGCGCAGAGCAGCACCGAGUCCGCCCAGGAUGCCUACAUGGACGGGGGCUCCGGCUCGCGGACGGGCAUCAGCUCCCAGCCGGGCCUGUCCAACUCCACGGAGAGCAUCGACAGCAUGAAGGCCCUGACGGCGGCCAUAGAGGCGGCCAACGCUCAGGUGCACGGCCCCGCCAGCCAGCACGUCACCAACAGCACCAUCACCAUCACUGCCACCGCCACCACCUCUGCCGUCGCGCACGUCUCUACCGACAGCAAGGCACAGAGGGAAGCGCUCCGCAAGUGCCUCUCCAUAGGGAUCCAGGUGGACCCAGAGGAAGGAGGGCCGACGGAGGAGCAGUCUAAAUUCCAGUCGAUAGGAAUUCAGGUGGAGGAUGAGCGAUGUUACCGCAGGAUGACCCGCUCCAACAGCGUAACCACGGCGGUGCAGGCUGACCUCGACGACCCCUUAGACUCCCCGGAGCUGCCGCGUCACUGUGCCACCAUGCCGCGCCAGCACUCUUCCACCUCCGUUGCCUCUUCUACCGUCAGCAUCCAGGGCUCGGGGAACCACUACCACGCUUGUGCGGUCGACGACUACGGGGACGUGGGGUUCGACCCGUCGAUCCUGCCCCCUCCUGACCCGUGGAUGGACAGCGUGGCCGAGCCGGAGGUGGAGGCUCUCGAGGCCGUCGGACGAUUGGUGUGCCCCCGCGACGGACGCUGGUUCCUCAAGUUGCUGCAGGCCGAGAUGGAGCGUAUGGAGGGCUGGUGUCGACAGAUGGAGCAGGAUGAGAUGGAGAAUGAGCUGCAUGAUGAGAUCCUGGGGAAGAUCCGCAGUGCAGUGGGGAGUGCCCAGCUGCUGAUGUCCCAGAAGUUCCAGCAGUUCCGGGAGCUGUGUGAGGAGAAUCUGAACCCAAAUGCACAUCCGCGGCCCAUCUCCCAGGACCUGGCGGGUUUCUGGGACAUGCUCCAGCUGUCUAUCGAGAACAUCAGCCUGAAGUUCGAUGAACUCCAUCAACUCAAAGCCAACAACUGGAAUCCUCUGACCCCACCGGAAAUUCAGGAGAGAAGGAUGCCCCCUCCCGUGCCAAAGAAGCCCCUGAAGGGCCACCACCCUCCCCUGGCUAGGGACCGCUCGCUGGAGAGCUCCGAGCGCCAGCGCAUGGAGGCUCGCAAGCGCCUGCUAGCUGCCAAACGUGCCGCGUCGGCUCGGCAGAGCUCCGCCACCGAGAGCGCAGACAGUAUUGAGAUCUAUAUCCCCGAGGCUCAGACCAGACUAUGAGACCCACACAUGCAUGUACACAUGCCCGAUACACUGUCCCAUACACUCUAUAGCACUGAAUGGUAACGUUAGGGUGCUAACAUAACAUCAUCACAUCUUUUACAGACUUCCCAGAUCACUGUGGGGUCAGUCACAAUGGAUGAAGAACAAGAAAUGUACAUUUACAGCAUUUAUUUAUAUAUUUAUUUAUCACCCCCUCCCCUUCCUCCCUCAUUUCCUCCUCCCAGCUGUGAUGUAGCAGUCCCUCCUCUUCUUGUACCUCCCUCACUGUCAGAGAAGUAUCUUAUGAAUCCCUUUUUUUAAGUGGCCUAAUAUUACAAAGUAAGCCAGGUGUAGCACAGCAGUGAUGCUUCACGUUAUUAUGUUUCAGGUGCUGAAAAGAAACAGGGAGGGAGCAUGCAUGUUCACGGGGAGUGUGUGUGUCUGUGCAUAUUAUACAGCAGACACACACAAUGAGUAGAGAGGCCAAGUCCCGCCUCUUCUGGUGGACCACCGUGGGACCUUAUUUCGGAGAAAAUAUGAACCAGUAGUCAACGGCGAGAGACAAAUAUUUUUAUGAUCCCGUUUGAAUUGCGCCAUGAAUCACACAUAUGAUGUUUGCCAAUUUAAAACAUAAUUUGAAAGUUAAGAAAGUCACAGUUUGUUAAUGAAACUGUUGAAGUAUAAGACUUUGAAAAUGUGUAAUUAGAAAGACUACACACCCAAAAGUCGCAUAGUGAUGUUUCUCUCUCUGAAGAGUAAGUGUUUCUUACUGGGAUGUAGGCUACUCACAACGUGUGUGGUCGUUCGUUCUCUUCCCGGCUUAUGAAAAGACCAGGAGUCACUAGAUGAAACACAUCAGGUAAGAUAACGCUACAUUUGUGCGUGGAACAUAGCUAGUUAGCUAGCUAGUUAGUGUUGGUGAAGAGGGAUGUAGUUCACUCAGAGGUUUCACACAAAACUAAAUGAUACUACGACAAACUGUGACGUUCUUAACUUACAAAAUGAUGUUUUAAAUUGACAUAUGUGUGAUUCGUGGCCCAAUUCAAACGGGAUCAAAACACAUAUUUGUCUGUCGCCGUUGACAACCGUUCAUAUUUUUUUCCAAAAUAAGGUCCCAUGGUAGUCCACCGGAAGGGGAGGGAUUCGCCUCUCUAUGGAGAGACCAGACCUGACCUAUUGACUCAUAUUCUAGAUUUAUUAUUUUAUUUUAUUUUUAUAUUUGUAUAAAACCCCAUGAUAAAACUAUGAGCUCUGAAGUUUUGGAUUUGUAUAAUGAUAUAGUGAAAAGACCAGACAAGGGAACCAUAGUGUCAGUUAGCGACACAAUUCGCCCUCUGUCUGAAAAUGGGUCUUUCCAGCAGCAUUAAGAAAGGUCAAGAGGUCAGACUUUGCUCCUCCAGGUGAGGCAAAGUGAGCCGGGAGCAGGUUUUGUGCUUCUGAAAAAUUCACUGAAAGAAUCACUGUUUGCCACAAAACCUAAACUGUGCGCGUGUGAGGGAGAGAGAGAAAGAGCGUGUGGUACGAUUCAGACCUUCAUUUUCAAAAGUGCUUCCUAUUUUUCUAGGUCUAAUGGGGCCUAGCUGUAAUUGAGGAUUAAGGUAGCAGUAUCAACAAACUGUAAACAAACCACCCAUCUCGUCUCAUUUUAAACUGAGCAGGACACGUUUGUAUAAAGAACAUCCAGUAUAAUGACAUGACAUGCAUGCUGACACAAGCUAACUGAUCUUUUUUGUCUUUUUUAAUCCUUUCUCAUGUUGCGUUCGGUGUUACAAACAGUGCUAAAAUACUGAUAUUUGGUACAAUACUGGUAGUUGUACUAUAUUUUAUUAUGUCAUUUUUAGACAAGAGAGGUUUAUUGACAGUAUUGAGACUAAAGGACUGUAAAGGGACUAUUUUCUCCUCACUGUGUGCGCACUAUCUCUGCCUCCAAAUGAAGCAAUUAUUUGAAGGUCAUACAAAAAAAAAAGAUCCAAUUUGUAAUAUUUUGUAUUCAUGUUUAAGUUAUUGAUUAGGAGAACAAUGACUGUUUAUUGACAUUGUGAUUAUUAUUAUGCACUGAGGCCCUUAUACUGUGUUUAUUUUUUAUUUAUGUUGAUUCUUUAGCAUGACAGGCACCUUUUUUUGUCUUUUCUGUUUCAGUGAUCAGCCUUAAUUUCUAAUAUGAUAGUUGAGCACAACAGCAGUCUCAGGGGAAGAAGUGUGUGUGUGUGUGAGUGUGAAUGACUUCAUGUGGCUAUAUGUGACUCAUGGCUUUGUCUCUUACUGUAUAUAUAUAACCCCGGUCACCAGGAUAGGCCAUGAUCUUAAAUAAGGGAAUAAUAUCCACGCCAUCUAUUGAGCAUCUCGGCCCUAAUUAUUACUUCAAGGUGUUUCUGUCAGCUGCUUGAAUGUGGAGACAAUCCUCAGCCAGUUUACCAUCAUAUAAUUGUUUUGAUAACAGAAUAGCAGGACGUUGGUGUGUAGUCCGAUUCUCUGUCUUGAUCUGACAAAGUUUUGUGCCAUUGGAUAACUAUAGGUCAGGAUAUAUUCCUGCUUUUUGUCCCUAUUAAACCUGAAGUUUUCAUUGAGA